GUGUGUAUAAUAAUACCCAGUCUGUGCGUUUUAACCUUAAAAUAACCUUAGAAGAUGUGUUAGCAUGUUGCAUGUCUUCUGCCUGUGUGGGUGAAUCUACAAUCAGCUAGUUAAUCAGCGUCCAUGUGUCCUCACUGUAUCAUACAGAGAGUUGAUUCAUUAUCCUAUUAAUAGCUCGUGUGUUAGUGCGCUUAUGAGGCUGCUGCUGCUGCAAUAUGGGGCCGAAAAAAAGGUCACAGGGAGAUCUGCAUGGACUUGAAGAUUUGGUGGUUAAACGUGCACGGAUUGAGGAGCCUGUCUGGUCUGGUGUGAAUGAGCGCACCUUCAUUGCCGUGAAACCAGAUGGCGUGCAGCGGAGACUGGUGGGAGAAAUCGUGCGGCGCUUUGAGAAAAAAGGCUUCCAACUGGUUGGCCUCAAACUAGUGCAAGCGAAUGAGGACCUCCUUAAGGAACACUAUUGGGACCUGAGGAGCAAGCCGUUCUUCAGUGAACUCAUUCGCUACAUGAAAUCUGGACCAGUCGUUGCCAUGGUGUGGCAGGGUUUGGAUGUGGUCAAGACCGCACGUAAGAUGUUAGGAGAGACCAACCCUGCAGACUCGAUGCCUGGAACCAUCCGGGGAGACUACUGUGUGGAAGUGGGCAGGAACGUGAUCCACGGCAGCGACUCUGUGGAGAGCGCCUAUAAGGAAAUCUCUCUGUGGUUCCGGCUGCACGAGCUGCAGAGCUGGAACGACAGCAGCAUCAAGUGGAUCUACUGAUGCUAUACAUGUACUGUCUGCACACCGUCCUGUAGCUAAAGCAAUGUUGUUGUUUUUUUUUUUUUUGUUUUUUUUUAUAAGUGUGAUAACAUAUCAUACCUCAGAUGAAUAUUGUUUUGCUUUAGUAGCUUGUAGCCACAUGGGAGAUGAGGUCACACUGCUGCCUUGCUGGAUCUCUCGCUGCUGCUGCUUUUUUAUUAUUUUUUUUCUAAUUGAAGCACAAUUCUGAGGUGAACUGACGUUACCAAGCAAAAAUGCACUAAGUGAGCAAUAACUUGAUCUGUAUGGUCAUGUCUGCUUCUGUUAGAGUUUUUGUUUUCAUCCAGAACACUCUCAUACCUACAGUUUUUAAGCAAUAAGCUUGGAUUUGGAGCAAUAAAAGGUCAUGAUUAAUAAUAAUCUAUUUAAAGUGCAGUACAGGAAACUGUAAGCAUAUGUGUAUGUAAGUAUACAGUCAAUGUGUAAGUUACGCUUAAUAAAUAACAACAGCUAAAUUAUUCGCCAGCUCAGUUUGUUUUAUAUUCAGUUUUGGCUGAAAAUUGAACGGAGCAAAAAAAAAAAAAUUUCCUUGUCACUUGGAAGAAGCUCCUUUCAGUUUUUACAGUAAAAAAAAAAUCAGCCACAUGUACAAAGUCUCCGACAACAGAUGAUUGCACACACUGAGACUACUUGAAUGUAAUGGUUAGAAGUCUUAACAGCGUUCCCAGAGCAUUUCGCUCUGAUUUUGGUUUUGUAAUUUCAUCAUCUCAGGCUCAGAGUCAAAAUUGAAAUGAAACUGCACUGAUUUAAAUGUGCUUUUGUGUGCUGUUGUAAUUUUUUUUUUUCCAGCAACUAGCCAGUUCUGUCACAUUCAUGCUUUUAUAAAACACUAUGAUGCUGUACGGAUGAUCAAAAAACAUUAAAUCAUCUUGAAACCCUUUUUAAAA